UACAAGUGACAAGUGCAUAUGAGAUCUACUUAAAUGGAGUUAACUAUUUAUUAUAUAUUUUUUAUUUUAACACUGUUCAGGGGUUUUAAAUCCGAGACAACGGACAGCAAUGACACCGAAGUACUAUUACACGUUUAUGAAUCCUAUAUCAACGCAUCUCAUAAUCUGGACAAAAGUGACAGGAGCAUAUUGAAGACUUGGAGCGAUGAUUACCAGAUCCAGUUAGUGAACCUCACCGCCCACUAUCGGUUGGAGAUGACGAGGCACAAGGAACAUAGCAUCAUGAUCGAUACUAAUUCCAAGUGGAGGGAGUGUAUAGAAGUUCACAAAGAAGAGAUAAACAAAGCUGAAAGGGCUUAUUAUGGCGGUGAGAGCCAAUGUCUGAAGGUCGCGAAUGCGGAGGAAAGGAGCAAACGAAGAGCGGUUUUCCAGACAGAGAGAGAGAUCAAAAAGUGGCGUAAGAGCUACAAAUAUUUACAAAACCAAUGUAACUCAAACUACCCGGACAACAAAACGGCAGCUGGCGUGUGCUUGGUUGAAUAUAUACAAAACGACAACUACCAUGUAACGUUCCAGCGUCUAAUACUUCUAAAACUCCAGUCCAUGUCCGACCUUCACUCGCAGAUUGUGUCGUCGCUUACUAAUUGUGAAGGUUGCUUGAAGAAAGCCUUAUCUAAUUAUAUAGACGAUGUUCGGUCUGUCAUGGUGAACUUGAAACGUUGUUAUAGUAUACGGAGUUAAUUGUGAUUAAAUUGUUUUGAUAUUUA